AUAAUUAUAUAAAGAGCUAUAAGAGAAGCAACACGGAGACAUAAUUCGUCAAACAAACGUUGUAUUGCAAUGUGCAUAAAUACCCCAUUCCUCUGAUUUCUUGCAAACAUCAAGAAUUGUUCACCUGCUUUCUAUGAACUUCAAUAAUUCUGAUACACCCUUUGACGUAAAUAGAUCACCAGUGUGUCAAAGGAGCAAGCUUUUUGUGUGAUGGAACAGAAACACGUGUUGUUGUCAGCAUUGAGUGUUGGGGUUGGGUUGGGUGUGGGACUUGGAUUGAGCACAGGACAAGCUGUUCAAAAAUGGGUUGGAGGGAGUUGUGAGUCUGAUGAGAUUUCUGGGGAUCAAAUUGUGUUGGAGCUCAACAACAGAGUCAUUGAUGGGAAGAACAGCGAAGUCACAUUUGAUAAAUUUCCUUAUUACUUAAGUGAAAGAAUCCGAUUUGUGUUAACAAGCACUGGAUAUGUUUAUUUAAAACAAGACUUUUCCAAGCACUUGAGGAACCUUCGUCCAGCAAGUAGAGCUAUUUUGCUUUCUGGACCUGCAGAACCUUAUCAGCAAAAUCUUGCCCGAGCUUUAGCACAUUACUUCAAAUCAAAGUUACUGUUGCUAGACAUUACUGACUUCUUGUUGGAGAUGCAGAGGAAAUAUGGAUGUCCCAGAAAAGAACCAUGUUUUCAAAGGUCCAUAUCUGAGGUGACUUUGGAGAGAGUGUCUGGUCUGUUUGGUUCCUUGUCAGUCCUUCCUUCAACAGGCAGAACUAGAGGUACACUACAUCGACAGAGUAGUGAAAUUGAAAAUUCCAGCAAUCCUCCAAAGCUUCGCAGGAAUGCCUCUACUGCAUGUGAUACGAUUAGCACUUCCCAAUAUGGUCCGUCAGAUUCAGCUCCUUUGAAGUGCACAAGCGGCUUCUGUUUUGAUGAAAAGCUCUUCGUGCAGUCACUUUAUAAGGUCUUGGUUUCUAUCUCAGAAACCAGUUCUGUUAUUUUAUAUAUCAAGGAUGUUGAGAAGCUCUUUGUUCGAUCAACAAGGCUACACAAUUUGUUCCAAAAGUUAAUAAAGAAACUUUCAGGAUCAGUGUUAAUACUCGGUUCCCAGAUCAUUGAUUCUGAAGAUGAUUGUACAGAAAUUGAUGAAAAGCUUAGUAUGUUAUUCCCUUACAACAUUGAGAUCAAACCACCUCAAGAAGACGCCCAUCUUGCAAGCUGGAGAACGAAACUGAUAAAGGACAAGGAAAAAAGUCUGUUUCAAGAUAGCAGGAACCAUAUUGCUGAAGUACUUGCAGCAAAUGAUGUUGAUUGUGAUGACUUGGAAAAAGUAAACCAUGCUGAUACUAUGCUACUCAGUAAUUGCAUUGAAGAGAUUGUAGCGUCUGCAAUUUCUCACCACCUGAUGGAGACUAAACAUCCAGAAUACCGAAAUAGAAAAUUAGUUAUAUCACACAAGAGUUUGUCCCAUGUAUUGAAUAUUUUCCAGGAAAGUGAAAGUAAUCUGGAGAAUAAAGAUUCAAACAAGGAGGAUGCUCUUGCAACAAAGAAAGAUGGCGACAAUGAGUUUGAGAAGCGCAUGAGAGCAGAGGUUGUGCCUGCAAAUGAGAUAGGGGUUACAUUUGAAGAUAUUGGUGCAUUGGAUGAUAUUAAAGAAUUACUUGAAGAUGUGGUCAUGCUUCCCCUCAGAAGACCAGACUUAUUCAAAGGUGGGCUUCUGAAGCCUUAUAAAGGAAUAUUGCUUUUUGGGCCUCCUGGUACAGGAAAAACAAUGCUUGCAAAGGCAAUUGCAAAUGAAGCUGGAGCAAGCUUCAUCAAUGUCUCAAUCUCUAACAUCACUUCAAAAUGGUUUGGGGAAGAUGAAAAAAAUGUCCGUGCUCUGUUUUCACUAGCAGCAAAGGUUGCUCCAACUAUUAUUUUUAUUGAUGAGGUUGAUAGCAUGCUUGGAAAGCGGACUAAAUAUGGAGAGCAUGAGGCAAUGAGAAAGAUUAAAAAUGAAUUCAUGGCCCACUGGGAUGGAAUAUUGACAAAACCUGGUGAGCGAAUUCUGGUUCUUGCUGCAACCAACAGGCCAUUUGACCUUGAUGAAGCAAUUAUAAGACGGUUUGAGCGCAGGAUCAUGGUUGGUCUUCCAUCUGCUGAGAACAGGGAAAUGAUCUUGAAAACUCUCCUAGCUAAGGAAAAAUAUGAACAUAUAGACUUUAAUGAGCUUUCAACCAUUACAGAAGGAUAUACUGGAAGUGAUCUUAAGAAUUUGUGCACUGCUGCUGCUUAUCGACCUGUUAGAGAGGUACUUCAACAGGAGAGGUUGAAGGAAAAGGAAAAGAAGAAAACAGAAGCAGAAGUUCAAAGAUCAGAAGAUGCUUCUGAUGCUAAAGGAGAUAAAGAAGAUGGAGUGAUUACUUCAAGGUGUUUAAACAUUCAGGAAAAGAAGAAAACUGAGGCAGAAGUUCAAAGCUCAGAAAAUGCUUCUGAUGCAAAAGGUGAUAAAGAUCACCAAGUGAUUACUUUGAGGCCUUUAAACAUGGAAGACAUGAGACUGGCAAAGAGUCAGGUGGCUGCAAGUUUUGCUGCAGAAGGAUCAAUAAUGAGUGAGCUGAAGGAGUGGAAUGAAUUGUUUGGAGAAGGAGGUUCAAGGAAGAAGCAGCAGCUUACUUAUUUCCUUUAGAUUGUGGAAAGCUGGUUAUGUUUUGGACUUGUAUCUAUCACCAAAUGAUACCCUUUAACCAGGGAAUGAAUCCUUCAGCAGAGAUAUUGAACUCAAAGUAUGGAGUGUUGCACAUAUCAGAAAUGCUAUCUGGGUCCCCUAAGAAUGUGUAGAUCAUCGUUCAUCAGGUAUUUAGGGGUACAUUGUGUCAUGGCGUGGUUUUGUUUUGGUACAUUGUUAAUAGAUUGAAAAGUGUACCAAUUUUAUCACAAGUAGUAAAGAUUAAAAUGAAAGUCCAAGUGUCGAAUCCACAUGGACUUUGGUUGUACUUAAGUGAUACAAAUCCAAUUAUUAAGCAAUGAGAAAAAGUAGAAGAAAAGAUAAAAAAAUUGGAAGUGUGAAAUUUAGAGUAAGGCAAAGAAAAAGAUAACAUGAAAAAUAAAGAAUAAUUUAAUGCAAAAAAAUGAAAUCUAUCAGAAUGUGAUGUUUAGGACCUAGCAUGUCGAAACUACUUGUAAUAUAAUGUAUUAGAUUUUCUCUAAUUUAUGAAAUCCUUGUUUCCACCCGCA